GUUGCCACUGGAGAUGGAAUGGCAAUGGCUCAUCGAGCUCAAGCUGUAAUUUCCAACAUGGAGUUUGUGCAAUUCCACCCGACUGCCUUGGCUGAUGAAGGCCUUCCCAUCAGACCAUCAAAUACCAGAGAGAAGGCUUUUCUGAUAACUGAAGCUGUCAGAGGUGAUGGAGGCAUCCUCUACAACGUAGAUAUGGAGAGAUUUAUGCCAUUGUAUGAUGAAAGAGCAGAACUUGCCCCGAGAGAUGUCGUAGCAAGAAGUAUUGAUGACCAGCUCAAAAAGCGUGGUGAAGAGUAUGUUCUUCUCGAUAUCAGUGUCAAGCCCAGAGAAAAGGUUCUUUCUCAUUUUCCUAAUAUAGCUGCUGAGUGUCUCCGCUAUGGUUUAGACAUAACACAACAGCCAAUUCCGGUGGUUCCUGCUGCUCACUACAUGUGUGGUGGAGUUCGUGCUGGGCUCGAGGGUGAGACUAAUGUACAAGGUCUUUAUGUGGCAGGUGAAGUUGCGUGUACUGGUUUGCAUGGUGCGAACCGACUUGCUAGCAACUCCUUGCUUGAAGCACUAGUGUUUGCACGAAGAGCUGUACAGCCUUCAAUUGAUCACAUGAACGUGUCUAAAAUUGAUCAUGGUGCUUCAAGUUGGUGGCCGCGGCCUGUAGCCCCUGUGUUACUAGGAGAUACGGUACUUAAUAAAGUCAUUCGUCGGACCAGGGAAGUGAGGAAAGAACUGCAGUCAAUCAUGUGGGAGUAUGUUGGAAUUGUUAGGUCUACCUCAAGACUUACACUUGCAGAGAAGAGAAUCAAAGAGUUGGAAUUGAAAUGGGAAACUUACCUAUUUCAGCAUGGCUGGGAACAGACCAUGGUUGGAUUAGAGGCUUGUGAAAUGAGGAAUCUCUUCUGUUGUGCCAAGCUGGUUGUUAGCAGUGCUCUUUCCCGACGAGAGAGUCGCGGGCUUCAUUAUACCAUUGAUUUUCCUUACGUUGAGGAAAGCAAGAGGUUACCAACAGUCAUUUUUCCUUCACAGCUGAAUAGCUCGUGGAGCUCGCGGCAAUUAUACAGGCAGCAUAUAUGUUAGAUACUCUUACCUAUUUGCCAUUCUCCCCUCUGUAACAUCUCAAGUGCAGGGCAUGAAUUAGUUUUCAGGUAAAGAAGAGAUGCUCAUAGGUUAUGGUCAUUCUUCCUGCCCUUACUUUUGGAGCGGGUGAUUAUAUGCUUAUGCUUGCAUAUACUGUCAUAGAAGCCAAAAGAAAGGAGCUUGCGCACAGCUUAAGUUUAAUUUCAGGCGUUCUGGUCUUUUUUGGUUAAUAAUUGUGCAUUAUUUACUUGUACUGUGUGAUUUAAGACCACUGGGUUUCUAGUUAAAAAUCACCAGUUGUCUUUGUCAGAAGGUAGUAUGUUCCACGUGGAAACUACUUUUUAAGUCUCAAUUUACAUAAAAUUGCACGUUUUGCGUGUCAAAA